GCCCCGACGUAAUGAAUUCGCUGAUUGGAUGCGAGGGGCACUCGGCUCGUGUGGGCGGGGAAAGUGGGCGGAUCCUGGUAACUAUGGAAACGAAAUGGUGUCACCCACCCCCUGACAACGGCGCUGUCGCUUAGAAACGGGCGAAGCAGGUUAGAGUGCGGUAAGGGCGCAGGUCCAUCUACUUCAUGCAUAAUCCCGUUGGAAUCGCAGGAAGAUAGGAAUGAAGAAAGUCGCCGCUGCAGUAUCGUCAUCCAAAAUUGGGGGAAGUACGAAGAAACAUUCUAUUCAUGGCAGCAUUGGGAACAUAGGCAGUAAAUACAGCCAAAGAAACUCGUUGAGUUUUCUAGGAUCAAGUGGUCGCCCAAGGAUAAGUCUACAAACAGACAAAUUCUUGGAUAAAGGUUAUAGUGCGGGAGGACGACAUGUAACACAGAUAUUUGAUGAGAAUGGAAAGAUGUUCAGUCCUCGCCCUCUCAUCCUUUUGGAUCCCAAUUUUUACACAAACCAGGCAAAGUAAAAUUUUCUCCUCACAAGAGCUUACAUCUUCUGACUAUGGCUUCAUUGGUACAGUCUAUCAGACUGCAGCGAACGUUAGUUUUGGUGGACCCUUUACCAGGUCCACUUUUGACAGUGGUAGUAUCUCCCGAUCAAGUCGUACUUUUUCAGAUUCAAUGGACGACAUUGGUGACACUGGUGUUCAACAGGAUACUGCAAGUGUACAAUAUGACCAAAUGCGGAGAGAGAACGUACGAGAACAACUGACAGAUGAUGAACUUAAUAAGAUUGUUGAUGUGUAUCUGACAGAGACUGAAACAUAUACCUUUCUGGAUCUUCCAGUUGAAAUGAUUUCAGUGGAUUCAAGGGAAGCAGAAGCUGUCAAGGAAAGGAAUGCUCAAUAUAUUGAACUCUGCAAAGAGCGAGUUGGCAAUGAUCGCUACCUUGAAAGGAUGGCGCAGACAUUCACUGGAGCACAAAAGACCAAAGAAGUUCAGUGUGACAAAAUUAACACAAAAGAAACAGCUGUUAUGGCAACAACAUGGGACCUGUAUGAUAGCUUUAAAGAAAGAGAACCACGUGAAGACUCCUCCUUCAAUCAAACGAAACUGAAUAAGGAUUUGUCGCAAGCACAACUUAGUUUAGACAAAACUGUCAUUCGAACUUUAUCAGCUCUAAAUUCUUUAGGAUUAGAAAGCCGAUCCACCUCAUCUGGGGAGUCAGAAAGUCUUGUCACAGUCCAAACUAUGGAAGAAACGGAGCAGGACCUUGAAGAAAUCUUUAAAAAUGAGAAACUGAAGCAAGAUUUAUUUAUUAUGGAGCGUGUCAUUAUGGAGAAUAUUUUCCAGCCUAAACUUGCUGCUUAUCGGCAGCUACCUAUACUACCUGAUCCAGAUGAAACUUCUAAUGCUGAAGAAGAGGUGGUAGAUAACAUGAUGAUGUUGGAUAUCAUGAGUCCAAGAUUGCAACCACUCUGGACUUUUACAUGUAGCCUCACCAAGGGACGCAACGUUAGCUGCAUGGUCUGGAACAAACACAAUUUGGACCUACUAGUAGUAGGUUAUGGAAACUUUGGAUAUAAGGAACAAAGAGGAGGACUGAUUUGCUGCUGGUCACUGAAAAAUCCAAUGUGGCCUGAGCGGAUCUAUCACUGUGAAUGUGGUGUUACAGCACUGGAUUUCUCUGCGGAUAGCCCCAAUCUGCUUGCAGUCGGCUACUAUAAUGGACUUGUGGCAAUCUACAAUGUACGCAACCCUGAAAAUGGAUUGGUUCUGGAUAGCAGUAAUGAUAUAAAUAAGCAUAUUGGCCCAGUCUGGCAGCUGAAGUGGACUGAACAGGACAGAAAUUCCAAAGGGGAUGAAAAGGAAGGUACAUUGAUCUCCAUUGCUGCAGACGGUAGGAUUGCCAAGUGGACCCUUGCAAAAGGACUGGAAUCAUCCGAUUUAAUGAGGAUAAAACGAACAAGUGUACAGACAUCUAAAAAAGUGGCUACUGAUAAAGAAAAGAAGAGUGAAGCAUCCAUAUCUCGCCAAGCACCAGGAAUGUGUUUUGCUUUCCACCCAAAGGAAACUAAUAUUUACCUGGCUGGGACAGAAGAAGGUUAUAUUCAUAAAUGCUCAUGUUCCUAUAAUGAGCAGUUCUUAGAAACAUAUGGAGUCCACAAGGGUCCUGUGUAUAAAGUAGCAUGGUCACCGUUUUCUCAUGAUACUUUUCUGAGCUGCUCUUCUGACUGGUCCAUUCAUUUAUGGAGUCAGGAAAUAGUGCGACCAAUUUUACGCUUUUCUUCCAAUAUUACUAAGGCUGUGCACGACAUCAUGUGGUCACCAAAGUCAGCUACUGUGUUUGGAGCAGUGAAUGAGGACAGAGUGGAAAUCUGGGACCUUUCCAUUAGCAUAUUGGAUCCUAUUAUUAUCUGCCCAGCCAAUGAAGGAGCAAGUUUGACUACCAUACUCUUUGCUAAAAACACAGAUUGCAUUCUCAUUGGUGACAGCAAUGGACAGGUCACAGUAUACCAGCUCGAUAAUAUGCCUCCAUAUGAAGAAGCCCUACCCAUGCUAAAUAGCAUCAUUGUGAGCACACUGGCCAGCCAAAUGGUUAGUGAGACUUACGUAGUGGAAGAACACACUAUUAACAUUUGCGAUACUCCUGUUUAACUACUGUUGCUUUUAAUACAAUUGUUAAUUUCAUUAUUUUGUACAUUACAGCUCAUAUUAAAUCAUGUG